CAUUGCCCGGUAGAUUCCACGUUCUCAACUACAGCACCUCUUGCAAGUUGCCAAAAGAGUUGCAUAGAGUCUUCGAGCAAUUCCAUUGUUCUCCCCCAAAAUCCCGUCAGCCUGGACUUUGUUUUCCAUCAAGACUCCUUUAUGCUUUCUGGACGUUACAGUUUACUGAUCGUACCGUCAAUUCCACAGGAGAAUCAUUGGGCCGGAUCAAAAUGCACCUCUUUGCCAACACCGUCCCAAAAACUGCAGAGAACUUCCGCCAAUAUUGCACAGGCGAACAUCAUGUCAACGGCCGACCGCAGGGGUACAAGGGGAGUAAAUUUCAUCGCGUGAUCAAAAACUUCAUGAUUCAGGGCGGCGACUUCCUGCACUCCGACGGCACCGGCUCUACUUCGAUCUACCACAACAGCUCUUUCCCGGACGAGAACUUCACGCACAAACACACUCGUCCGGGCCUGUUGAGCAUGGCCAACUCCGGGCCCGACACGAACGGGUGCCAGUUCUUUAUCACGUGUGCGCCGACGCCGUUCCUGGAUAACAAGCACGUCGUGUUCGGCCAGGUCGCGGACGAAGAGAGUAUGAACGUUGUCAGGAUGAUUGAGAAUACGAGGACCGCUGGGCCAGGAGGCCGGGGGCAAGGGGAACGGCCGGUGUUGGAUGUCAGGGUCAGUGAGUGUGGGGAGAUGUAGCUGGAUCUACGCUGCUAGAUUAAGAGGGUACGCACGCGGACCAUUGAAGGAGAGGAAGCACGUUGGGAAAUGAAGCCUUGUGGCACGAGUGAGAAGCAUGCGGGGUGGGUUUAGAAGGGCACUGGUUGACAUGGUGUGCUGAUGUUCAAAAAGGUGAUAUGCUGGAGCGUCCUGUGUAUUAUGUAACAGCGCGUCACGUGAUAAGGACUUUCCGAUCCCGGUUUCUCCCUAGUCUUUCUUGUCGCUG